AUGCCCUCCUUCCUUCAAGCAUUAUUUUUCUCCUUCUUGACGAGUCUACAGAUCUUCACCUUUAUCGCACUCGCGCAAUUGAGAAUACGGCCGAAAACUGGAAUGAUUUCAUGGAGCCAAUCGGCCAAGUUAAUAGCGAUUCUUUGGUGCCCGAUCUAUAUCAUCGCUGCUUCACUUCUCAUCGCCCUGUUCGCCUGGUUGUCGCUCAGCUGGUCUACUUCCGGAAGAGACAAAAAGAGCUUUCGUCAGAUAUGUCUUCUAACUCUCCUCAAUCUAUUCGUUUUCCAUCCCCUUUCGCGCAUCCACAGUUCCGAAUCAUCCAGCACGAGUGUUCCAAAAUUGAAAGACUUUGGUCUCUCGAUGAUAACAAAUUUCGUGAAGCUCUGCUUGUUUACGAAUCUUAUGGUCUUGGGAACGUUCUCCCAGCAACUGCACUUAGAAGAUCAACAAAUACUGCCAAGUGAACUCCGUAUAAUUUACCUUAUUCUUGUCUUCGUCGCUGCUAUCCAAACAUAUCUGCAAUUUCUGUACUUCAACACUGACUGGAAGCCUCCAACACCCGAGCGAUCGCCCCUUCUUUCCGACCUGAUGCCCCAGCUGGCGAAUGCGACGAUUUUCGCCCUUAUCGUCGCGCUUUCUUUUCUGACGUAUUGGAGAACAGACGUAGUCAUUCAUCACAUAACGGAUGAAUUUGCCACUCACGCUUGA